AUGCCCCGGCACCCCGUUCGUCCGAAGGAGAAGCCCGGCAAUUACCAAAGCCAUGGAAUCCGCUACAGCGAGAUCAGUUCCUUGAAUAUCCACCUCGACAAUGAACCCGAAACGCGCACUAUCAAAAGGUGGAAACCAGGCUCUAAGCUGACGUUCAACGGAGACCCCGCGAGCUUUCCGAAUAGAUGGGCCUACCAAAAGGCCAUGGAGGCCCUCACGCACGCCGCCGAGCAAUGGAACGCCAUUGGUCUAAGCGUGACGUUCAAGAAAGUCAGAGACGGAAGGACGGCCGUCUUUUCCCUCGUUUACAUCCCCGACGAUGGUCAUGAAUGGGGCUCCGAUCGGUGUCUCCUUGCCCAGUCCUUCUUCCCAGCCGAUUGGACUAGUCCGAAUACCGCUUUGUACGUGUACCAGGUGGCCCUCAGUCGCCCGUACUGCGAUAAUCUUGCCGCCGUUUUCUGCCACGAGCUCGGUCACCUGCUCGGCCUCCGACACGAAGACGCUGAUACCGAUGAACAUGGCCACCCUUGCGUCCCUUUCGGCUGUCCGGUCACGGCCUCCGUCGACUUUGGGCCCCACGAAGGCGGCUCGGAAGCCCGAGGCCAAGGUACACCCACGGAUUCAGUGUAA